AUGACCUAUGGCGUGAAACUGCGAGUGGGCGGCGACUUCGCCUGCUUUUCGCGGCCCGAGUUGAAGGUGGAGCGCGUCUCCUACGACGUCAUCACGCCCUCGGCCGCGCGCGGCAUCAUCGAGGCUAUCCAUUGGAAGCCGGCGAUCCGCUGGAUCGUGCGGCGCAUUCACGUCCUGAAGCCGAUCCGCUUCACCUCGAUCCGCCGCAACGAGGUGGGGCAGAAGGCCUCGGUGCCGGUGAUCAGGCGCGCCAUGAAGGCGGGGACGACGGCGGGCCUCGGUCUCGUUGCCGACGCGCAUCGUCAGCAGCGCGCCGCGAGCGUGCUGGUCGAUGUCGACUACGUCAUCGAGGCCGAGUUCGCGAUGACGGCGCGGGCGGGGCCGGACGACAACCCCGGCAAGCACCUCGACAGCUUCAACAGACGCGCGCGCAAAGGCCAGUGCUUCCACCGGCCCUGCCUCGGUGCCCGCGAGUUCGAUGCGCGCUUCCGCCUCGUCGAGCCGGACGAGCCCUUGCCCGCGGCGAUCCCGGAGGACCGCUCGCUCGGCCUGAUGCUCUACGACAUCGACCACGACGGCGACCGGAGCUCCUUGUUCUUCCGUGCGGAGAUGCGCCAGGGCGUCAUCGAGGUGCCGCAUCCGGACUCGCCGGAGGUGUUGAGAUGA